UGCGGUUUUGCUGCCGACCAGCGGCUGUGUGCAUAGCAGGCAUGCUCAGAAGGAAGCACUGAUGCUCAAGGAGGCGUAGAGUUGUGCUCACCCAGUUCUAGCCCUCUGGCAGCGGUGCUCGCAGCUAGUUCGACAGGGAGCAAAGCCGGUAUGAAGCGCCGCGCAAGCGACGAGCGCUCGAAGCCGGUGUCGAGGCAGCAACGCCGCCGCCGAUCAGGGCGGACAGGCCGCCUGUCAUGCUUCCUCGCCGUAUUAGCCUGCGGCCUCGUCUGCUACCUCGUCUCGGUCCUGCACCUCUUCCGCGCGCACGCCCCGCCGCCGCGCUACGUUGGUGCCGGGACCGCGGCGAAGAUGCUGAGCGGCGCGUACGACGACGAACCCAAGCCGAAGCCGAAGCCAUCGAUCAUCCGACCGCCGCAGCCGAAGCAACCGCAGCCGCCGGCCGACACUUGUGAUACGAAAAGAUGGCGCAACGACACGGAUCUCAAAGGUGGCGACCUCAAGGGCGGCAUGCGCGCCGCUUCCAAUCCAGCGGCGUGCUGCGCCCUGUGUCUGCGAAACAAGGACUGCGUCGCGUGGACCAUGGCCGAGCACUGCUGGUUGAAGGGUGUCGUCGUGCCGAUGCGGGGAGGACACAACGGCCUCGUCUCCGGCUUGAUACCGAACCGCAAGCCGACGCAGCGCAAACCGCCGGCCCCGUGGGUCGGCACGACGCCGCAGGAGCGGCGAAGAGCGCGCAAGCAACCCUAUGCAUGCGACACGACCAGUACGGAGUUCGAUGGCGAGCGCUACCUCACAGCAACAACACCGGCGCUCGACUGGUCCGAGGCCUAUCCAUUAGGCGACGGGUCCCUCGGGUCUUUGAUUGGGGGCGAGCCGUUCGUCGGUCGAAUACCUCUCGCGGAAGAGGGCCUCGUGCAGACCAGAAAAUUCGUGGAGGGGCGCCACGCGGCCGAGCGCGCCCAGGGCGACAAAUUACGGGCGCAGCGCAAGCAGCAAAAGAAGGAGACGGCCGAGGACCGGCUCUGGGCCGCGCGGCCCGCGACGCCGUUGCUAGCCUUUGGCGAGGCUCGCGCCGCGUUACUCGCCGGUGAUAGUGUGAAGGCCCACCAAUUGUCACGGUGGCUCGACGGGGGCCCCGUCGCGGCCUUCGAGGGGCUGGCGACGCUGUGGUAUCUGGUUGAUGUUCCCACGGUCACAAUGCCAGUCCUGCCUACACCCAAAGUCACGGGGAAGAACCGCAAACCGGCGCCGCCGAGGAAGCCUUCCCUGUCACAGAUCUUCGCACACAACGGCCGGCAGAAGACCUUCGAGGGAUUUGAGAGAAGCCUGGACGUGGACCAAGGUGUGUAUCACAGUACUUUCGCCACAAAUACGUCACAACAUGCAAGGGAGGGCUGGGCGUCGCGACCCGACCGCGUCACUGUUUUAAAAUUUGACUGUUCGACGACAUGCGCGUUGCAUUUCGGCCUUGAUCGUUCUACAAGAGCGGUCCCGAAAUUGUAUCAGGCACCCGAGGCCGACGUUUUUGUAUUAGCGAGUCCCCCAUCUGUCGAUGACGUGGCCUUCGCGGCGUGCGCCGUCGCCGUCGGUCCCGAACCUAUCAUUCUUGAUUUGCAAGAGAAGCCACUCGAGACGUACGUGUCGCGCUCAGCUUCUGAUACGACGGUGUUACUCAUCGCGGGCGUGACCGGAAAUGACCCCGAGAACGAGUGUUUGGACAGACUAGUCAAGGCGGCGUCGCUCGGCUAUACUGAACUGAAAAGACGAAGAGACUACGACAUGCAACAAACUCUGGCCAAGGCCACGCUCUCAUUGCAUGACACGAGGGGAGGCGACACUUUGAAUAGAAUAGAGCGCUUGGGCCAAGCAUGCGACAAUGCCACUACCAUAAAAGAUCCAGGCUUGUUCGCCCUCGCCUUCAGGCACGCUAGGUACCUACUCUGGUCGUCCUCAAGGCAGGACUCCCUACCAGCGAACCUCCAGGGCGUCUGGGCCGACGGUCUACGCGCCCCUUGGAACGGCGACUACCAUUUAAAUAUAAAUCUCCAGAUGACUUAUUGGGCGUCGUCUUCAUCUAACUUAGGUGACAGCGCUUCGGUGUUGGCGCCGUUUUUGAAGGGUCUCGUGUCCAAGGGCGAAACGACGGCCAAAGACUGGUAUGGUGUAGAGAAAGGGUGGGUCGCCCACGGCUAUACGGAUAGGUGGCGCGAUUCAAGAGCUUUGGGCGAGAACAAGUGGGCGUUGUGUGUCACCUGCGGCGCCUGGGCGGCGUUGCAGUUAGUUGAUGUUUCUGAGGACGACCCUGCAUCCACCGAAAAGUUGCGGGACGCUUUGUCUGUUCUACAAGGUGUGCUGGAGUUUUUUGACGACUAUGCUAUUGCUAUUGAUGAUAAAACGGCGGCAAAAUUGGGACUACCAUCGGCUUGUAAAUUGACGGGGCCAACCACCUCUCCCGAGAACUCCUACCGCGUGUUAUUGCAGAAUGCAUCACUACCAGGAGCCAAGAAGAAGUUCCCCGCUCGUUAUAGGUGGGGCUUCGUUACUUUAUCUCCUGCCAUCGAUAUCGCUAUUCUCAAACGGGUCUGCGACGCGUACCGUGAGCUCUGCAUGAGGUCAACUUGUGACAAAGCUUACGACGUCUGCGCGGCGCUGCCGAACGGCGGCCUACCCAUGGUGCGAGAUAAGCUGCUCGUCGAGUAUCCAACGGAAAGCGGUCAAGCUGCGGACGGCGCCCACCGCCACUUUUCGGGCCUGUGGGCCCUCUACCCCGGGCGCCAGCUCUCGCCCUUCGAUGCUUCCAGGGACACGUGGGACGCGGCCGUGCGGACCCUUCACUCAAAGCUCGCGGCGGGCUCGGGCCACACGGGCUGGUCCCGGGCCUGGGCGGCUUGUUUAGCGGCGCGGAGCUUGGACGGAGCAUUGGUAGAAAAGCAGCUCGUCGCUCUUGUGUCGGACUUUUUUACCGCGUCGCUCUUCGGCACGCACCCGCCCCUGAAACCGACGUACAAGGACCAGGGCUGCCAGACGUGCUUUGUCCGGGACGAGCCGCCGCCAAGGCCUUUAGUCGGUGAUAUUGGCAUGGUCACGAAGAGUGGCGACGUCUUUCAGUUGGACGGCAAUCUGGGACUCUUGGCGGCGAUUGUCGAGGCGUUAUUACAGUCGCAUCGGGGUUCGUUGACAGAUGUGGAGCUUCACUUACUACCGGCGCUGCCGCCGUCGUGGCGCGAGGGGUCCGUGAACGGGUUGCGGGCGCGCGGCGGCUUCGAGGUUGAUUUAUCGUGGUCCGACGGCGCGCCCACGAAAGUGCGGCUGCGCGGGUCGGGGACUGUGCGGUUGCGCUGGACUGGCCCUGAAUUAGUUGGGGGCGACCACGCUUCCGUUGUUGAUUUGAGGGGGACGCGGGUUCAGACUGUAUCGGUGCGCGGGGAGGUUGUGUUGACUGUUGUGUAA